ACACCUGUAGUGCAUGGUCCAAGGACUUCCAAUCGAUACCUUGAUAAUUAUGUUCUCUUAUCCUUUUCAUAAAAAAAUAAGUAUUCUUUUUAUCGUUUUAAACCAUCAGAAAAGGCAACAUGAAGCUGGUAAUGGAGUUGCAGAAGCUACAUAAUACAAAGACAGUCAUCUAACCUGGCUAUUGAAGUUGGCUCUGAAAACCACAGAACAGGAACCCUAUUUCCAUCACCACCCCCUUUGGAUUCUAACCUCUAGGAUUCCAAAUGCCUCGAAAUCGCCACUGAGAUCGUGAGUCUCUUGAGAAAAGUUAUCUCACCAUCUUUAUCUUUCCAAAAGGCACUAACAGAACUCAUGGCUCGAAUACAAGUCAUUAAAAGCAGGUGAAGAUUAUCGGCAUUCCAGCUGGUAAAGAAGUUUUUGUAAUGUGUCAAAGAUAUCACGGAUACAAGAGGAGCGAAAGAUCUCUCAACUACCACAGUUCUUGUAUCUGGAUUUCCAGGUGCUCCUGCAGUAGCUAACCAGCUGUGAUACUGUGUCUUAAGAGAAGAGAAGAUCAAAGACCUUGGCAGAAGUACAUUUCAUACCACCACUUGCAUCUACAAAGAUAAGAGACUACCAGAAGAGAGGCACUCAAGCUUGCAGCAAUGAGUUCGAAAGCUGCUCCCAACCAGCAAGAGGACUACAAACUGAAAGACAUGAAACCACGGCUCGGAGAACGGUGGCCACAUGGAGGACUCCGUGGUGGAGGCGGGUGGAUUAGUAGUGAGAGGGCUACAAGCACUUAUGAUCUAGUCGAACAGAUGUUUUAUUUAUAUGUUCGGGUUGUGAAAGCCAAAGAUCUUCCCACCAACCCUAUAACGGGAAGCUGUGAUCCCUAUGUGGUAGUGAAGCUAGGGAAUUAUAAGGGAAAUACUCAGCACUUCGAGAAGAAAAUAAACCCUGAAUGGAACCAGGUCUUUGCAUUCUCAAAAGAGAAGAUUCAGUCUUCAAUUCUCGAAGUUUAUGUCAGAGACAGAGAGAUUGUGGGAAGAGAUGAUUUUCUAGGCAAGGUGGUCUUCGACAUGAAUGAAGUGCCAACAAGGGUUCCACCUGACAGCCCUUUGGCACCUCAAUGGUACAGAUUAGAGAAAUGGCAGGAAGAUACCAAGGUGAAAGGAGAGAUUAUGCUUGCUGUUUGGAUGGGAACACAAGCAGAUGAAGCUUUCCCAGAGGCUUGGCACUCAGAUGCUGCCUCAGUUGAAAGAGAAGGAGUUUUUAACAUCCGGUCCAAGGUUUAUGUUUCACCAAAACUGUGGUACCUCAGACUUAAUGUAAUUGAAGCUCAGGAUGUUGUGCCACAAGACAAAAGCCAACCACCACAAGCUUUUGCGAAGGCUCGAGUCGGAAAUCAGGUACUCAAAACAAAGAUAUGCCCAACACGAACAACCAACCCGCUCUGGAACGAAGAUUUAAUCUUCGUAGUAGCUGAACCUUUUGAAGAGCAGCUGGUGCUUACAGUUGAAAACAAGGUAACCCCUGCAAAAGAUGAAAUUUUGGGAACGAUACACUUGCCACUAACCAUGUUUGAGAGGCGCUUGGAUCACAGGCCAGUCCAUUCUCGCUGGUUCAACUUCGAAAAAUAUGGAUUUGGUACUUUGGAGGGAGACAAGAGGCACGAGCUGUUUGCAGGAAGGGUUCAUCUCAGAGUCUGCCUUGAGGGUGCUUACCAUGUACUGGAUGAAUCUACAAUGUACAUAAGUGAUGUACGACCCACUGCUAGGCAGCUGUGGAAGCAGCCAAUUGGCAUCCUUGAAUUGGGUAUUUUGAGUGCCCAGGGGCUUCUCCCAAUGAAGACCAAGGAUGGCAGGGGAGCUACAGAUGCUUAUUGUGUAGCCAAUUAUGGGCAGAAGUGGGUGCGAACCAGGACAAUCAUAGAAAGCUUCAGCCCCAAAUGGAAUGAGCAAUAUACAUGGGAGGUCUAUGACCCUUGCACCGUGAUCACGUUGGGAGUUUUUGACAACUGCCAUUUGGGUGAAAACAAGAAACCAGCUGCUGGCAGUGGAGCUCGAAUUGACUCAAGAAUUGGGAAGGUAAGAAUCCGGCUAUCAACCCUAGAAAUGGAUCGAAUUUAUAUCAAUUCUUACCCACUCCUGGUUUUACACCCAUCUGGAUUGAAAAAGAUGGGUGAACUCCAAUUAGCAGUUCGAUUCACUUGUCUCUCUCUAGCAAAUAUGAUCUACCUCUAUGGCCACCCAUUACUCCCAAAAAUGCAUUAUCUACAUCCCUUCACCGUGAACCAGUUGGAUAGUUUGAGAUAUCAGGCCAUGAACAUUGUAGCAGUGAGGCUAGGUCGAGCGGAGCCACCACUAAGAAAAGAGGUUGUUGAGUAUAUGCUGGAUGUCGAUUCCCACAUGUGGAGCAUGAGACGGAGCAAAGCUAACUUCUUUAGAAUCGUAUCACUGUUUUCAGGAGUAAUCUCUAUGAGCAAGUGGCUUGGAGAGGUUUGUCAUUGGAAGACCCCAGUUACUUCAGUUCUGGUUCAUGUCCUGUUUAUCAUACUGAUCUGCUACCCAGAAUUGAUCCUUCCAACCAUCUUCCUGUACAUGUUUCUUAUCGGGAUAUGGAAUUACCGGUUCAGGCCUAGGCAUCCUCCUCAUAUGGAUACUAAACUUUCAUGGGCAGAAGCAGUUCACCCGGAUGAACUGGAUGAAGAGUUCGACACUUUUCCUACAUCUAAGUCUCAAGAUGUAGUACGUAUGAGGUAUGAUAGGCUCAGGAGUGUAGCUGGAAGAAUUCAGACGGUGAUGGGGGACAUUGCAACACAGGGGGAGAGAUUUCACGCUCUACUUAGCUGGAGAGACCCAAGAGCAACCAGCCUCUUCAUUAUUUUCUGCCUUAUUGCAGCUGUUGUUCUUUAUGUGACACCCUUUAGGAUAGUUGCUUUUGUUGCAGGCAUAAUUUGGCUACGACACCCCAGAUUCCGAAGCAAGCUACCCUCACUACCCAGCAAUUUCUUCAGGAGACUGCCAUCUCGUGCUGAUAGCAUGCUUUGAGCUGAAAGAAGAUGGCACAAGCAACUUGUCGUUUGACUGUCAAAAUCAUAUUGCAUUUCUUUUUUACUGUUUGUUUUAUUGAAGUCAGCAUGGUUGUAUUUUUUUUAAUUCUAAGUUUUUCUGGUGUUUGGAACUUGAUUAUCUCUAGAAAAAAUAUGUUAUUCCAAAAUUUUUCCACAAA